AAGUUGUCGAAAUGGCUCUUACGGCGGAGCGGAGUGAAAACAAAAUUUGGAAGGAAAAUGCUGCCAGGAGAGAAUCUAAGAAAGGUGGAGCCAAUUCUAAUGACCACAAGAAACGGGGACAGGACCAGUCCGGGCAGCCAAGUCAAGACAAGAGGUACAAAAGUGAUAACGACCAACGAUUUAAUGGCAGCAGUGGGCGAAACACUCCAGAAUGCCCUAAAUGUACCAAACGUCAUCUCGGCGAGUGUCGCGCAAAAGCAUGCUACAAAUGUGGAAAAGAAGGACACAUCAAACGCAAUUGCCCACUGUAGGGACAGACUGGGAACAGAGCAGAACCCAAGAAAGAUGACAAGUAUGUUCCAGCCAGAGUUUUUGCCAUCACUCAAGCAGAAGCUGAGGCCAGUCCUUCGGUUGUAUCAGGUAAGGGUAAGGCUAAGCAGUGAGAUUGAAGAGCUCGAGGCGUGGACCGCAUGUUAGGGGGGCUGACACAGCAUUUUGCUUUUAAUGUUUUUUUAACUGCUAAACAUUUUGGAACUAUUAUUUUGACUUAACUAGUUAUUAUUUAAGUUUACAGUACUAAAAGUAUUUUGUUUUAAACAAUGAGAUCUCAUGCUUGGAUAUUUUUCAAUAAAGAAGUAUUUGAUUGUCU